UACAGUAAGCGGCACACCAAGUCCCACACCCUCUGCAGGCGGUGUGGCAACCGCGCCUUCCACAAGCAGCACAAGGAGUGCGCUCAGUGCGGCUACCCCAGCGCAAAGCUGCGGUCGUUCGAGUGGGGCCAGAAGGCUAAGCGCAGAAAGACCACCGGUACCGGCCGCAUGCGCUACCUCAAGGAGGUCUCCCGGCGGUUCAAGAACGGCUUCAGGGAGAACACGCGCGCCGUCAAGCGCACUAAGACGACGACGGAGGCAUGA